AAUCUGCCGGCAGGGUGUGUGCAGGAGGCCACCAAAGCGUGAGCUAGGGCAGCCCUUCUCAAGGGCACUGCCUGCUGCCUGCUCCAACAUCUCAUUCGUUUUUCUUUUUGUCAUUAUUGUUAAGCUAGAAAUUGCAAAAUCUCUUAUUUUAUUUGAAAGGAAAACUCAGUGAAUUAAACAAUGAGACUAAACAUUGCUAUCUUCUUUGGGGCCCUUUUUGGUGCUUUGGGGGUUCUACUGUUUUUGGUGGCUUUCGGAUCAGAUUACUGGCUGCUUGCGACUGAAGUGGGGAGGUGUUCAGGUGAACAGAACAUAGAGAAUGUCACGUUUCACCAUGAAGGAUUCUUCUGGAGAUGUUGGUUUAAUGGGGUUGUGGAAGAGAAUGACUCUAAUGUUUGGAAGUUCUGGUACACCAAUCAGCCACCAUCCAAGAACUGCACGCAUGCUUACCUGUCCCCGUACCCCUUCAUGAGAGGCGAGCACAAUUCCACCUCCUAUGACUCUGCAGUUAUUUACCGUGGUUUCUGGGCAGUCCUGAUGCUCCUGGGGGUAGUUGCUGUGGUCACUGCCAGUUUUUUGAUCAUCUGUGCUGCCCCCUUUGCCAGCCACUUUCUCUACAAAGCUGGGGGAGGCUCGUACAUUGCUGCAGGCAUCCUGUUCUCCCUGGUGGUGGUGCUGUAUGUCAUCUGGGUCCAGGCAGUCGCUGACAUGGAAAGCUACAGAAACAUGAAAAUGCGAGACUGCCUGGACUUCACCCCUUCUGUUCUGUACGGCUGGUCAUUUUUUCUGGCCCCAGCUGGGAUAUUUUUUUCUUUGCUAGCUGGAUUGCUAUUUCUGAUUAUUGGACGGCACAUUCAGAUACAUCACUAAACCAACUGUGCCCACAAGUAUUGUCUUGAGAGAUUUUUAAACAGAAAAUACUGUCUUUCUUUUUCUCCAUUUUGUUUCAAUGAUGCCAGCAUAAAAUUAAUGGAUGUAAAUUUUAGUUACUAUUUGAUUUAGUCAUUUUAUUUGUGAUUUCCUCUGACGAGAAGGUCCUAGAAUCUCU